UCCAUGAAGAAUAGCACCGAGGUAACCGAUUUCAUCCUGCUCGGACUCACAGCUGACCCACAGCUGCAGGUUCCUCUCUCCGUAAUCUUCACCUUCACUUACCUCCUCACUCUGCUUGGGAACCUGGGGAUGACCACGUUGAUCCUGCUGGACUCUCGUCUCCACACACCCAUGUACUUUUUCCUCUGUAACCUGUCUCUGGUGGACUUUUGUUACUCGUCCACCAUCACUCCAAAGGUGAUGGCUGGGCUCCUGAAAGCAGACAAAGUCAUCUCCUACCAUGCGUGUGCCGCCCAGAUGUUCUUUUUCGUCGUCUUUGCCACUGUGGAAAGUUAUCUCUUGGCCUCGAUGGCUUAUGACCGCUACGCAGCAGUGUGCAAGCCCCUGCAUUACACCACCGCCAUGACCACAAACAGGUGUGCUUGUCUUGUCGUAGGCUCUUAUGCCUGUGGUGUUCUGAAUGCUUCUGUCAACACUGGAGACACGUUCAGUCUCUCUUUCUGUGGGUCCAAUGUGAUCCAUCACUUUUUCUGUGAUGUUCCAGCAGUCAUGACUCUCUCUUGCUCUGAGAAACGCAUCAGUGAAAUGAUUCUUGUUCUUGUCUCAAGCUUCAAUGUCUUGCUUGCACUUUCUGUAAUCCUGAUUUCCUACCUGUUCAUAUGUAUGACAGUUUUGAGGGUGCGCUCACAAGAGGGGUGCCAGAAGGCUUUGUCUACCUGCGCUUCUCACCUCACUACUGUUUCCAUAUUUUACGGGACUGUCAUUGUCAUGUACAUACAGCCCAGCUCCAGCCACUCCAUGGACACAGACAAAAUCGCAUCUGUGUUCUAUACGAUGCUCAUCCCCAUGCUGAACCCGGUGGUCUACAGCCUACGGAACAGAGAAGUCAAGAGUGCGUUCAACAAAGCUGCUGAGAAGGUGAAAGUUUCUCUAGAUGUUCUCUUGCUGUAG